UGUAACAGGCUCGUUCGGAGUCGGUUACUUUUCUCUUUAGUUUCUCUGUACGGUCGCCCGCGCAGUCGUCAACGCGUAUUGAGCCGCGCCGCACGCUCAAACCUUCUAUAAGAUUCUACGGCCACAUAAAAUUUCGGUGUGAAACGAAUGCUCGAACGACGAGCAUUGUGCCUGUGCAACUGAUACUACGGUAGAAAGUUAAAACGAGUUGUCUGGGUGAACAAUCGUUUGUGGCGGCCCAUUCGAACAACGUCGACUUUCGUGUGAAACUGUGAGGUUAUCGUGGAUGCCGGGCCGCAUGGAUGGCGACGCACGUCUGGCGGUCGCUCGCCUUACUGAUCACUCUCCUCACAUAUGUCCUUGCUAAGUACGCAGAAUUAGAGGCAUGGCGUGGAGCAGGACGCCCGGCCACGGCUGCCCAAGAGGCCGAGGAUGAGCGCCGAGACGCCGACAUCCUUGCCGCCGUGAAGGCCUCCAUGCAGGAAUGGGAACGCAAAAGGGCUCGAACUAGAACGAAGAGGUCACAAGGGAGCGUGUGUUAUGGAGAAUUCGGCUGCUUCGAAGAUGCAGGACCUUUCGCGUACUUGGAGACCUUGCCCAGUUCCCCGCAAGAGGUCAACACACAUUUCUUGAUGUACUCCACGGUCAGCAGAGGCGACCAACCGCUUUUGGCAGUUUCCGCCGGCAACAUGUCAGCGGCAUGGGGCUGGGCUGAACGGGCCUUCGAUCCUGACAGACCCACCAGAAUCAUAGUACAUGGCUUCGGCUCGAACUGCGAUAACGUAUGGGUUUACGAAAUGAGGAGCGCGUUAAUGGCAGUUGAAGAAUGCAACGUCGUUUGUGUGGAUUGGGAAGGUGGAGCCUCGAUGCCUAAUUAUCUGCGAGCAGCCGCCAAUACGAGACUUGUGGGGAAACAGCUGGCCAUGCUAUUGCAAGGUUUGGCGAAGCACAUCGACAUGAGGUUUGAAGACGUCCAUCUGAUCGGGUUUAGUUUAGGAGCUCACGUCGCAGGUUUCGCUGGUUCUGAGUUGCGCAACAUCAGCCGCAUAACUGGUUUGGACCCAGCCGGUCCUCUGUUCGAAUUCCAGGAUCCACGAGCACGGUUAGACCAGAACGACGCUAAAUUCGUUGACGUCAUUCAUUCGAAUGGAGAAACCCUCAUAUUCGGUGGUCUGGGAGCCGCUCAACCCCUGGGUCACGUAGAUUUUUAUCCAAACGGUGGAAGAGUACAACACGGAUGUUCUAACUUAUUUGUCGGAGCAGUAUCAGAUCUGGUAUUGCCAUGGGCGGCGGCGUCACCCGAAGGUCGAUCCCUGUGCAACCACCGCAGGGCGUACAAAUUCUUCACCGACUCCGUUUCACCGAAGUGUCACUUCCCAGCGUUUCCGUGCAACAACUAUGACUCUUUCUUAGAGGGUCGUUGUUUCCCUUGCGACGCAUCAAGACGCUGCGGUAACAUGGGCUACUACGCUGACAGGUCGUUGGGUAGAGGACAACUCUAUCUGCUAACCAGAGAAGAAGAACCAUUUUGUGCCCAUCAAUACCAUUUGGGGCUAUGGACCAGUAUUGACACCAAUGAGAAGCCCACUUAUGGACGAGUUACCGUCACGCUACACGGAGACUCGGGCCUUAAUGAAUCAUUCCCAAUGAACAAACGAGAGGAUUCAGUGGAGGGUGUGCGUUUCUCGCGCGUGAUCGUCCCGCACCCCGCGCUGGGCGUGCCGCUCCGCGCGUCCGUGCACUACGGCGCCUACUCCGGCUGGCUCAGCGCAGGCGCCAAGGCCGUCAACUUACACAAGCUUCUCAUCACCGACAGCUUCGCUAAGACAUCGUCCUUCUGUAAGAAAGGUAUGCGACUGCUUUCCGAAGAAACAAUCGAACUACCACUGUUUCCUGGCAACUGCGAACUGCCUCCAGACACCGUUAACGAAACUAGCACAAAUGAGAAUAUAGCCGUCGGCGACAACUCCACAAAGCCGGAGAGAUCCGUCGAUCCAAUUGACAACGAGCUGCCCGAGGAUCCACCGCAGCGACCCUUCACGCUCGUCGACACGUACGAGUGGACCGGCGACGUCGCAGAGAACACCGGCCGCGCAUUCGGCAUGACCAAUACUAAGACCGCACCCGGCGGCGCUGUGGAGAUAGCCGAGCCCGUACUGCGGCCGCGGCCACGAAAAACGCCGCGACAACGUUCCGACAUGCCAGUCGAACAAGAAAUACUAGAACCCUUACUGAGGCCGACACAAGCCCCCAAAAUCCAACCUCCGAUUAGAAAAGCCAAGAACUACGAUAUGUCAACGACGCCCGCUUACGAGUCAAUGGCGUGGGGCGAUAGAACUGAAAAAGCGGAAACCGGCUUUGUCGUUCAGUUCUUGCCGACCAGACUCGCGUCGCUCAUUACGAGGGCUGAGCGAUAUGCUCGUGACACGCUUCUGCCUCUGGUGUCGGCUUACGCUCCUCGACUGCCAAUAUUCGGAACUCGCGAAGUGUCCAAAGUUACAACGAAGUACAUACCGACGGAAGACCUGAACACGACAAGUCCGAUUCCAGUUCCAACUCCAACUUUGGAGAUGAAGAUAGAGACCCUCAAGACGAUGGGUCCGCCGGGAGGGAAACGAGAUAUCGAGACACCAGAUGACCCUGACGUGGCGGUGAUCUCUACGACGACCACGACGGUCACUCCGCCCACAACCGUUGUAUCGGAAAUAUUACGAGCCGCUCCCACAGAGAUGCUUCAGGUGGUUCAAGGUCCGUCGAUAUCGACCAGCACGGCUCUACCGCCGGUGGCACUUCGAAGCGACGGCGAGAAAAUCGUUAUAGUAUAUCCGAGUAACGUGAGGGACGAGCGCAAGAUUCGUUCGCACUCGUAUCCUGAGGAGAUGCAGUUCGAGGCUCUGUACCACCACACGGCCGCGCCCAAAGACCUGCGGGUCGACCUGCCUACCUUUACCCCUCCCACGUCGACGGCAGCCCCCAGUUCGACUACGACAGUGACAAAGUAGUUACCCGUAGGACAAACGUCUUCAUGACGUGUAAUUUAAGUAGUCAUAUAGGUACACAUUUGUAAAUUAUUUCCUUGUAAAUAUCAUGGACAAUAUCAAAUCGGCGUUUUGUUAAAACAUAUUUAAUUGUUAUUGAUUUUGUUACUUAAGAGUCAUAAUGCCAAUUGUUCAGUAUAAACAACGUUGACUGAAUAUGCCUGAACAGUAAAAAACCAUUAUGUAAAUAACGAUUGUGACAAAUUUAGAAUAGGUGACGUUUUGUAUGAAUAAAAAAAAACUUAUUUAUUACACAAA